AUGAUGCUUCCGGCAUUGAACCCAAAUCACCGCCACCCGCGCUCAGUACACGCAUCGCCGUCGACGGUUGACUCGGCAUCAACGAAUCAACCGCUCGCAAACUCAAGAAAACGAGAAGAAGGACCUCUUGCAGCUAUGCCUGACGAUACGGUCAUCAAGCUUCGUGGGCGGAACAACUACGAGCCGUGGAAUAGAAACCUCAUCGGGCUACUCGACCUGACCAAGGAUCAAACUGCAAUGUUAGCCGCGGCUACAAGUCAGCAGCCAGCCGUUGGUCACGAUAGAUUUUCCAAGUGGUACCAGAAUAAGUGUCAUGUCUACAACAUCCUGACCAAGUCUCUCGAUGACGUGGUGCUUUCGGGCCUGGGGGCCCACGGGAAACUCCACGCGACGCCUUGGGAACUGUACGAGACCAUCCGUACGUACUGCAAGCCCACACCCGCCGAAUCGAUCGAGCUCAUGGACCGGCUCAGGGACACGAAGAUCUCCGACUCGCCGACGCCGGCUGAAUUCGUGGCGUACGUGGAGUUCAUCCGAGUCAGCGUCGAGGGGGAUAGCUAUUCGAUGGCCCUGACGUGGUUGCUUUUCAACACGGUGGAUAAGACGCAUCCUUAUCUUAUCACUGAACACGGUCCGGUGCAAAGUGCAACGGACUGGACCCUACUGUUGCAUGAAGUCCGCAAAUUGCCCAACAACAAGAAACGGCGACGACGAACAUCUCCCCAUCGAGACUUGUCAAGGCUUUCGCUGCAGUCAUCGGAAUCAUCCGGGAAUGAGGAGGAGUCGGAAGAGAGAGAUGACAAUGUCGAAGGGGAAGAUAGUGACGAAGGGGAAGAUGGUGUCGAAGGGGAAGAUGGCGUCGAAGGGGAGGACGAGAUUUGA